UUUCUCUCUUUUUUUUUAAAUAUCAAAAUUGUACGUGACUCCGUACGAUUCUUUUCUCGAGUAAUGCGGUUAACGUGCGAAAGUGUGUAAUAAAAGAAGAAUCCAUUUUAUAACGAGCUACGGAUGGUGCUUGCGGAUGCGACGCUGACGGAUAAUCAUCACCGUCAGCGAGGAUUCGCGACGAAUGGCAAUCCGGAAGGCAUCACCGUUUGUAAUCUGAUAGAUGGAGAGACUCUGACCUAUAGUUUGGCCCUUAUACGUGGUCGGACACCCUUGGCGUGUAAUUAUAUCACCGUUCGGGCUCAAAAGAAUGUGACAUCGGAAUGGCCAGUGGUUGGAGGCGAAUUUCGCGCGUUAGUGGAUCUCACGCGCGGAUCCAACAAGCUGGAACUCGAGGCCGGCGGACACAAACGACGAUUGACUCUUUUGCACGAACCAAGAACAACUAGAUUACGAGUGACACCGGUAUACGUUGUAUGCGCGGGACACGAUGGCUACUUUCAAGGUCCACGAAGAGAGGAUAGAUCACCGGAAAGCGCGGCAACAAGAAUAGGUUUGGGUGCUAGACUCUUGCAAACUCUAACAGCAGAGAAAUUGAGGGAAGCUGGGCACGGAAAGAAGACGUUUCAAUUGGAACGCGAUCUGGACGGUCCAGAGUGCUUGGUGAUGCACAGUAUGCUUCAUGUGGACAGAGCACGAGCUAUGUCGCAACGGGAAUUAUGGGAAUUGAUCGCACGCGAACUGAUGACCGGUCCGUUAGCAUCGAAGGACAGGAAAUAUUUAGCCUUCUUGUCUUGCACGAGGUAUCGCGGUGCGCCGAGUCCCCGUACUCACGAAGAUACCUUAGCGAGAACGCAAGGUCAUGCUGCUUUGGGUGGCGGUGGUUUAGCUCUUUUCGGUUCAGCUUGCUUGCAUACGUGGCCUACCUGCAUGGCUCAAGUAUUGCCCCGAUUUUUAGACACCACCGUCGUUGACACCGAACAAUUGAUGGAUGACAGCAAUUAUCGAGGUACUCAUGGUGGCUGUCUAGCGACUACUCUUGGAUCGGUUUUACACGAGCUUGGACACACGUUCGAUCUCGGACACACCAGGGAGGGUAUUAUGGGACGUGGUUUCGAUUACGUCGAUAGGGUCUUCGUUGGAGCGGCUGGAAUCGAUUUCAAUCGAAAUCCCAUCAGGAGAGACCCCCAACACACGACUGUUGCUCUCAGUAGACCUCUCAGCGUCACGGUUACCGUGCAAGAACCUGUAUUGGCCAGUCCGCGGAGAGGCCGACUUUUAUCCGAGACGUCCAGACCAUCACCAUCGGCGAACGCGAGACAACUUCCUGGCAGGUUAUCCGCUCCGGCCAGUCCCGAACUCAAUAGGUCCUUCUCCAAAACUUUGAACGCUGCUGAACUACCCUCCCAACCGGAUAGAACUUUCUGGGGACCUUCUUGCGCCGCUUUGCUCGCUUAUCAUCGAUGGUUUAACACCGAAGUCGACAAUCAUUCCAACAGACGUCACAACGAUAUAGAGUACGAUGGUAAAAGGAACGUCGCACGUUCUCGAUACGGUGUUAGAGUGAUCGAACUCAGAGAAACUUCCGGUGGUAUGGUCGUUGGUUCUCGUCAAUUUCCUGGUAAUCGGCCACCUUUAGAAGCAUUGGUACCACCACCCCCACCUCACUGUCUGGCAGCUUUAACUCUAGUCGCUGAGGAUUCCACGGGGAACAUACUCAAACAUGCGCUUCCAACUGCCUUCUGAAGGUCGUUGGAAAUGUUACGACCGACCGAAACACCUUUCCUUGCCUUACAAGCCAAAGAGAAUUAAAGAAAAUUCUUGAACAUACCCAGGAUUCAUUUUCAACCGCCGGUCGGUCCCGACAAUGUGGUACCGCGACGAAAAUGCUUCGUAGUUCAAGCAAGUUUUGUUCGCGGCUAUUAGAUACCUUGUUAUUCUAAUAAUCUAAUACGUACUUUACUCGAACACUUGUACUCUCGCUCGCUCUCUCUCUCUCUCUUUUAAAUAACAUAAGUUCUUUUUUAUAGCACAAGAGUCUUCGAUUCAUGACAAACAUAAUAUCGUACUGCCAUCUCACUCGUUCAUCAUUUUCAUCGCUUUCGAAGAUAUUCUCUCAUCGUGUAUUAAACGCGAUACCUGAAAAUAUAUUGUUCGUAUAUUAGAAGAGGUAUCGGUUAAUUGAUAUAAAAAAAGUGCUAAAAUUGAUGAAUCUAUAUAAUUAUUUAGUUUCUAAAAUUACACCGAUACUCGAAAACAAUGUGCUUCUAUAGUUUAAUAUAAAGAAAAAAGAAAAAAAAAAAAAAAGAAAAAUCAAAAAAAAAAAGUAAUAAAAUAAAGAAAAAAAAUUACCUGUAACAAACUGGUCACGGAUAUUCUAAUCGUAUAUUUAUUAGAAACCGGGGAUUUUAUACCAUCGAAAUAAAAUUCCAUUUCUAGUCGACCAAUAAGGAAGGCAUAGAUCUCGUUCACAUACGAUAUAUUUUAUCUUCGUGUUUUUUUUAGUAAACAAAAUAUAUAAGACACUUCAAAAAAUCCGUUUCAUUCGUUCAUUUCGCCUAGAGUGUGUAAAAAAAAGAAAAGAAAAGUAAUUAUCAUUUUUCUCACAAUAUACAAUAUCUCACAAACCUCAUUCAUAAAACGAAGAAAUAAGUACGUAUGCGUUAAAAUGUAGUAACAACGUGUAAUCUUUUAAAUAUUACGAAAAACACACAAUAGUUGUAUAUUGUUACGUAUAUGUACAGUAUUAUUCCUUAAAUUAUUUUAAUAAUAUAGAUUAUAUAUAACCGGAUAUGACAGAUAUACAGAGGACAAUAUCGUAACGCGGAUUUCAACAGAUUUAGAAAAGAAGCAUACAUUUGGUAAAAAAGAUGAGAAAAUACUUACGAAAUACUUUAGACGAGAAACCCCAUUUAUCGAUGAAGCAUUAAGCUAGUCAGUAAGAAUACAAAAGAAAAAAAAAAGAAAGAAAAGAAAAAAGAAAAUUUUAUUAUUUAAACGCUUCAAAAAUAAUGUAAGAAAAAUUAUAUUUAAUUAUAUCUAGAUAUUAAGCAUGUGCUUUGGAGAAUACGUAUUAAAAAAAGUAUUAUGUUCCUA